ACUGACUUCCGUCAUUUAGAGUACUCACACAGUUCGGUACACUUCGGACAAUUUGAUGUCAUAUAAUUUAUGCUAAUUAUAACGUCCGCUAUAAUGAUGAGUCACUAUCGAUAUCAGAGAAAAAAGUAAUACACAUCAACAAAUUGUGAACAAAGAUUCAAGACUACAAAGGCAUUCUUCUUUAAAUGUAAUUUUAUAUUAGAUUGUUACUAGAUUCGUACUAAACAAAUAAAAAAAUGGCUGACAGAAGGGCUGAAAUAGCUAGGAAAAAAGCACAAAUUGAGCAGCUCAGGAAAGAACGGAAAGAAAAGGAAAUGGCAAAGAAAGGGGAGGGUCCUGUGAAAGCAACUUCACAAGCCAGUAAUGACAGUGCUCCUACUGACCCAGAUGCUCUCUUUAGAGACCUUGGUAUUCCUUUAACAGAUACUCAACCACAGUUGGCUACAAAAACUUCUUUGGCUUUCAAUCAAGGUUCUAAUGAAUCCUUAACAGCUUCUGUAACAGUUGACAGCCCAAAGAGGAGAAAUAUUCAGUUAAGCAUAGUAAAAGUGAAUGAAACUAAUAUUCCACCAAGAGAAAAUGUGUCUUACAGUAAAGAAACACAGACUAUUAAUCCAGAACCUAUUGAAAAAGAUGGUAAAAGAAAACGAUCUCACUCGCAUGGAAGCCGUGGACCAUGGGAUUAUUACGGCUUUGGGUCCCCAAAAUUUGUUCAUCCUCAUAUGGAAUGGGAUGAUGAAUUUUUUGAUGAUUUGGAUGAAGUUUUGGUUUAUGACAAUGCGGACCAUACAGAUGAUGAUACAGAUUCUCUGGAUGUUAGUGCAGACACAGCACAUCUGCCAAAUGCUGCUCACCGGAUGCCACGUGUUGAGAUGGUUGCUCCUGCAAGUUCAGAGGGGGAGAAAAAAGAUGAGAUUGUGCAAAGCUCAAUUAGAGAACUCAGUGAAGAGGAAAAAAAACAGAUCAUGAUGUCUGAAGAUUACCAACUGAGUGUUACCAGGGCUGCACGUGUAAUGCAACGUCUGCUUGCUGUAAAUGAUAGUGGACUAACAAUAGAUUAUAGUGGAGGUGAUAAUGAGGGUAAAGAUGAUGAUGCGCUUGCUGGGGAAAGAUUAAAACUGCAAUUAGAGUUCUUUGAUGAGCGUUGGUCAAGGCGUAGAACAAUUACCAGUAUGGAUUGGUCACCACAGUAUCCAGAGUUGUUGCUUGCUUCUUAUAAUGCUAAUGAGGAUGCACCAAAUGAUCCAGAUGGUGUUGCUCUAAUCUGGAAUUUAAAAUUCAAAAAUAUGGCACCAGAAUACAUUUUUCAUUGUCAAUCUUCAGUAAUGUCAACAUGUUUUGCCCAGUUUCACCCUAACCUUGUUAUUGGUGGCACAUAUUCAGGACGAAUAGUGCUAUGGGACAACAGGGUGAACAAACGUACCCCAGUACAGCGUACUCCUCUUUCUGCCUCAUCACAUACACAUCCGGUGUACUGUGUAAAUGUUGUGGGUACUCAGAACGCCCACAACUUAAUUAGUGUGUCAACUGAUGGAAAAUUAUGCUCUUGGAGUUUGGAUAUGCUUUCUCAACCACAGGAUAGCAUGGAGCUGCAGUCAAAACAAAACAAACCAGUUGCUGCCACAUGCUUUAGUUUCUUGUCUGGAGAUGCAAAUAAUUUUAUUGUUGGUUCAGAAGAAUGUGUUGCUUACUCUGCAUGUAGACAUGGGAGCAAAGCUGGUAUCAAUGAUCUUUUUGAAGGUCACCAGGGACCAAUAACUAGCAUUGACACACACAAGGUACCAGGACAAAUAGAUUUCUCUCCAUAUUUUCUGACAUCUUCAUUUGAUUGGACUAUCAAACUUUGGAGUAUGAAGCAACCUUACUACAUACAUUCUUUUGAAGACAAUAAUGAUUAUGUGUAUGAUGUGAGGUGGUCCCCUGUUCACCCAGCACUUUUUGCCAGUGUUGAUGGAGAAGGUCGGCUUGAUUUGUGGAAUUUGAAUAGUGAAACCGAGGUUCCGACGGCAUCUAUUACAAUUGAUGGUCGACCUGCAUUGAAUCAGUGUAGAUGGCACCAAACAGGUCAUCACAUUAGUGUUGGAGAUAACAAUGGACGAAUACAUAUCUAUGAUGUUGGGGAGCACAUUGCUAACCCAAAGCCAGAUGAGUGGUCUAAUUUUGUACAUACACAACAAGAACUGAAACAGCAUGCUGCAGAACGAGAAGAAGAUUCAACUUUAGCUGGUUCUGGAGCACCAAUAAGAUAGAAUGCUACAUCUGUGUUUUAUUUAGAAAUUGGGAUUAGGUGUUUCUUAAAUAUUAUAAAUUGUAAUUUCAAGAACUGUGCUGUGGUUUUUUUUUUCAAAUAAAGAUAUAAAUAUACUUUCACUCUUUAAAUGUUUGUAUUACUGGUAAUUAAUUUUUACUAGCAAUAAUAAUUUUUGUGAAUUCAAAAUUCCUGAUUCAUUGAUUUAUACACCCUUCCCCUCCAUCUCAAUUUUUUUGGAUCCAGUUAUAAUUGUUAUACUUUUAUUUGUGUAUUAAUAUUUAUUUUCUGUAGAUUUUUAAAUCUGAUAAAAGUUGGCUUUAGUCAUUCUUGUAAUGUUCACUUCAAAUAAACUUGAUUAACUUUG